GGCUCGCCGCGCACCAUGGCCGGGCUGCUGGCGCUGCUGGGCCGCGCCGGCCGGGUGGGCGCCCAGGUCCGUCCUCGCGCCACCUGGCUCGUGGGCGCCGCCGUCUCCCGCGCCCCGCCGCCCCUGGCCCUGGCCCUGGCCCAGUUCCGGCCCGGCCCAGACGCCCGGCUGUUCCGCACAGCUCGCGGGGACUUCCGUGGCCACCAGGACCCCAGCAGAAUCGCCCAGACAACAGGCAGCGAUGGUGGCAGCAAAAAGAGCAAACAGAGCAAGUCACAGCAGCUGAAGAAGAUUUUCCAGGAAUACGGGGCCGUGGGCAUUGCACUGCACAUCGGAGUCUCGUUACUCUCCCUAGGCCUGUUUUACAUGGUUGUUUCAAGUGGCGUAGACAUGUCUGCAAUCCUGCUUAAACUUGGAUUUAAAGAGUCGCUGGUGCAGUCAGAAAUGGCAGCAGGCGCAAGUACCUUCGUGGUGGCCUACGCAAUCCACAAGCUGUUUGCACCAGUGAGAAUCAGCAUCACCUUAGUCUCCGUGCCCUUCAUUGUCAGAUAUUUUCGGAAAGUGGGACUUUUUAAAUCUCCCACUGCAAAGCCUUGAUAAACACUUCAAUUGCAGGCACUGAAAACCUACUUUCAGACUGUACAAUUUGGAUUGAUUUUAGGAUUGUGGGUUUUUCUGGGGAGAAGCAGGGAGCUAAUUGCUAUGUUCUCAUGGAUAAAGUUUACCGUUACCACCAAAAAUCAGGUUUUUGAAUAAUUAUAAUUUUAGGCUUUAUACAUUUUGCAAAUGCUAUUCAUCACAAGGCUACACACAUAAUCUAAGAUGUCAGCAUCACAAAUGAGUUAACAUCUCAAAAUCAAACACCCCCCUACAUGUUCCUUCUAGGUCCUUGGUGAGUCUGUCUAAAAGCCCCUGGGGUUACCAUGCUCACAUUCUUUAAAAGCAACGAUUAAUUUAGCUGCUUCUCAAAAUUCCCUUUCCUUUGAUUUGUUGUCAGCAGCCUGCAGUUUAAUGUGCAAUAUUCUGCAAAACAGCUGCCAGUGCUACAAAUAAUGAAGCAAAAGUUCACAAUUUUAUGUGAUCAUAAUCUACAAUGGCAUCAGGCCUUUGACAUUCAUUACACUCAUUCUGGGAAAAGAAAAACAAGUAUUUCUGAUGUGUUUCAUAGAUCCCUAAACACCUUCAAAUCUGGAUAUCUCUGGGUUUGAGAGGGUCUUUCUGAAAUUUCAUUAAAGUGGGGCAGGGUCCCUUGUCUCUGUUCACGUGAGAUAUGAAAACCUUGCCCAUUAGUAAUGGUAUCUCGUGAGGCUCCCAAAGUCUGCAUUGACUUUGGAUAUGAAAAGAUCAGCUUAGCCCUUCCUGGACAAUCUUCCUCUCAUUUCCAACUUCAGACAUUCCAGAAUUGUCACAGUGUUUACACUGUGUCACUACUUAUAUAUAUUGUUUAACUGAACUAAAAUUAUAUACAUGAAAGACAUGCACUACUUCCCAGAAAGAAAAGUCAGUAGCACUUGUUAUAAAUGGAAGACAACCAUGAAAUAAUAUAUAUACAAGCUGGGAAGAAAAGGAGACUGGCAGGUACAACUAGUCUAUCAGGCUGCUUGUACCCAACAAAGGGCAAGUGUGUUAAGGAGAUUAGAAUUCAAGCACAGAGACCCAAUCUUAUGGCUUCCUCCACUCGGUAGUGGGUUAAGACUUUUCUCUGGGCCUUUACACUCUGGGGACUCAUUUAUUAAGUCUGCCCUGCCGAAUGGUUAAAGGAGGGCUGUAUUUAUCUUUCUGGCUCACAACUCCAUCUUUAAAAAUUAUUUCUAUGACAAUUAGGAAACCAAAGAAACUAUUAACUGUUGGUUUAACUGAGCUCUGACUGUGGACAGUCCCCUAGUUAAACCAUUAUUACCUAUGCCAAUUGGUUAUCUCAAUUAACAUUUAAAAGGAUCUUUGUGGGACAAAUUCUCCACUUGCAAAAUUACCUUUUUUUUUCAGUACUGGGGAUCAAACUAAGGACUUUGCGCUUGCCAGGCAGGCGCUUUGCGAAUGAGCUACAUCCCCAGCGCAAAAUUACUUUAAAGUGGAACUUUUUCUUUCAAAGCUGUUGGCACACUGCCAGCUUUUCCAGAUUUAAAGCUGGAACUGUCUUUCUGGGAUCCAACUCCCAGGGCAUCUCUACAGCAGCUCCAUAUGCCUGGUGACACCAGUGAUAGUUUUUUAUAUGGACUGGACAGAAACCUUCCCAUCUCAUCUUGUAUUUAAACAGUGGCUUGUUCACUUUGGGCUCCUGUCCCCCAUUUACACCAGUGCAAAAUGCCUAUGCAAAAAAAGCUGAAAGCCCUAAAACUCAGGGGCUUAAAUCUCAAUCUUCAUGGGUUAGGAAUAAUGGGAGUGGACUGCAAGGGCGAGCAAUAAAACAAAUCAUACCAAAUAGCCAUAUCACUAUGUUCUAAGCCCUAAACCCACUCCACUCCUGUGGCCAGUGGCCAAAACAGGAAAAAAAAAAGAGAGAGGAUGAGAUCAAAGGAUCAGGGAACUAAAGUAUUAUGUGAAUUCACCAGCAAGAUAUAGAAUGUAUUUACAUUGUUUUUAAUGGAAUUAGGGGGAUGAUCUAUUUUAAAAAUGUAAACCAUUGUUUGCCUCUAAUUUUUAAUCUGACAAGGUAAGCAGUUUAAGUGAAACAAAUAAACAUCUUUAUAAAGUU